AUGUUUACCGCGGGAAUUUUACUUGCAUUGUGUGCCUCUAUACUCGGUAAGUACGUUAGAAUACAUUAUUUUGAGCUCAUACUUUGCGUUAAACACGCAUGAGCACCAUUGUGACGCUGUUCCUGGUUCCAUUUAUUUCCGCCAUAGCCGUUAAAAGGAUCAAUUAUACAGUAACGCCCAAUUCUCCAUUUACAACGCUGCGCAAUUUUGACAAAACAGUUGAGGUAAGCUUUAAAUGAUUCAUUUCUGUGUGCUAACGCAAGGAUUGGCAUGUUUUUUUUUCAUUAUAGUCGGUUACUCUGGAGGGUUCUUUGGUCCCAAAGGGAUCCCAAUCCAAGCCUUGCCAGGUUGGAGCAUCAUGUUGGCAAACGCUAAAUGGUAAGUCUUCUUAGGCCAAUUAGCAGUUUUUUAGGCUGACAUAACGAAAGCGGACAUUCUUAGCAUUCACAUGAUUUAAAACACUACAGAAUAAUUUUUUUUAGUUUACUGUUACUAACGCAAAAUAUGAAAUACUUUCUUUUUUACUACAGACACUCAGUACUCAGGGCUGUUGUACAACCAAGACGCCGGCAUAGGAGCAAUUAUUUUAACAGCAGCCGAUGCAUCAAAGCGCCGCUCCGCAAUAAUUGUUAAAGGCAAUGGUCAAAGUUCGUCCUACAAAUUGUACCCAAUUUUUUACGCAAAAUAGGCUGUCUGUUCAAACUGCGUUUUUGAUAUUAAGAGUUGAUGUUUUAUUCUGAAAACUAUUUUUUGCAUAAAUAUGGAGUUUAAUAUGCAGGUUGAAGGAUAAAUAUUUGAAAUCUUCGCAUAGCCCCAAAGUUACCAGGCGAUAUUGGUCUGACAAAGACGCUUGCAUUAAACGCCCCAGGAAAGACCGAAGUCGUUAUUCUAUAUGGCGCCGACGUAAACGUGAGUCAGUAGAUGUAACUGACAGCUGUUAACAUGCACAUUAUUGUCCUGCUUUUAUCAGCAUAAGUGAUGGAUCGGUCCCCUCAGCUUAACAAUUCAAAGGGUUUUAUUUAUUUGUGAUGCACAGUCAUCUUUUCACACUUAUAUAUGGAAAAAAAUUAUUAUAAAUUUGUCGUUGUACGUGCUUCAGGCAUUGCCUGCAUGGCAGUGAAUAAUGAUUAACAUGCUGACUGCAGAUAACAUUUGUUUAAAACCCGCAUGAGCCAACAGCGUACUCCUAUUAUAUUAUUGUAUUUUUGUGAUAAAAUUUGAAGUUGAGAGUUAUGCAGGCCAGACGUUAGGCAACUCUGUUUCCUACUGGGUUACUCUUUGAAGAAUGUAUGUGGGACACGCAUCUAGCCUGAAUUAAUCGUGCCGUUUAUUCAUUUUCAGGUUACUGAAAUAGAAGGAGAUAUAAAGUAUUUUACAGACCCCUCUGAUAACAGUACUCAGCAUAUGAUGAUGGUUCCAUAUCGUAAGUCACUGCUUUUUGGAAUAAACAAAGAAUUGUCUUCAAAGUAAAUGUGCUUCCAAUGUAUAUUCGAUGAGAUUAGAUUUUGUUGAGUUUCGGAUCAUAUAUGCAUAAAUCUUUAUUACUAAAAUAUAGCCAUGCGUAAAUCACCAAGGCGAACAUCAGAUGAAUCAUACAACUCAACGAGCUAUCUGGUCACUAUAAGUAAUGGGGCCCUAUCAAGGCAGGAAAUAAACGUUGCGUCCUUUAAAUUAUUAAUAUACAUAUUGCGACAUUUUCUUUAAAUCAUAGUUCGUAACGCUGUGCGCAUAUUCGUGCAGCAUGACAUAACCGACACCAAGGAAUGAGGCUGGAAUGGCCGUUAAUGGCCUGUGAGCCGCCGGCAUGUGGCUUCAGCCAACAUCCUGUAUGGGAUCGUAGGAGGAUCGCAUUUAAGUUCUUUCAGAUAUUAAAUGUGAGGAAGCCCAUCGUUUCAGCCAGUAUGACAACAACUCGCAGUCCCUCGAUAACAGCCCAGAAAAGUAACUAUGCUAACAGCUAGUUCACGGAUCAAGCUGUGAGGUUUGCCUUCCGUAUAGCGCGAAUUCUGUUAGCGCAGAAGCGUACGGUAAUGGACAAAUGUGGCAUCACAAUGAUCGGCGAGAGUGAGGAUUGCGCAAAGCCGUAAACACCUUCCUUCAUGAAGCUGCACAAAAGUUAGUUAUCUGGGGAGCGUAAGGUGAAGGACCAAAGAAGAAAUCAUGGAUUGGGCCGUGCGGAUCACUUACAUUCCAAUCGUCAGUGAUUAUGAUGAUCAUGGUUUAUAUUAUCCAUAAUAUGGGCAUGUAUGUAUUUUAAGCAUGUUUUUUGGACAGGUAUGAAGACUUGUUUGGUGAAUUUUGCAUACGUGCUUUCAAGACCGUUUUUAAGAUAUGCAAACUGUGUUUACUUAACGACAGUUAACGAGAAAUUGAAGGGAGAGGAGGUCUGCAUUCUAUCUGGAUAUAUGAAAAACACAACUUUGGAUUAUACUCUACGUUUCACCGACGGCCAAUAUGCUUUGAUUAGAUUUCGCCCUGACGAAGUCGAACCUUCGCCCACACUAUUCUAUAUCUCAUUCAACGGGGCAAAAGCGCUGGCCGCCUGGAGAGGCAUGGUCUACAUCCUCUCAUUACUCUCUGCUAAAGCCACUCUCUAA